UUGGUGGGCAUGUUUUUGGAAAGCCAGCCGAGGGCAGCUCCUUCCUGCCCCUGUGGUUUGCCUUCUAGUAAAAUUUUAAUGCAUCUUGCUGCUUUAACAGCUGCAUUCAAGGAACGCAGCAAUUUCAUGAACUACCAUCCCAGCCCUGAAACAGUCCUUUUAUUUCUGAACAAAGCAAGUGUGACAGAGGAGAACCGUGGCUGGGCAAGGAGAAACAUUAGCCUGGGAGGCUUUUCUUUGGAACUUGGGGCUGCAUUAUUUUUGGAUGCAUCUUCAACUGAGUCUCAGCAGCUCUGGAGCUUCCAGCGCUGAGGCAGCUUCGGGAAAGCUUCUCCCCCUCUCGGACCCCGGACACACGGCGCUUGUGAGGCUUUUUGAUCAGAAAAAAAAAGACAGGAGAACAAGACGCCAAGAUGGAAUUCCUUGCUUCCCAGCGCUGUUCGCGGCUGGCACGGCGCUGUCGCUACCCGGGCGCUCCUUUGUGUCGCUGCUGCUCCGCGGGCACCGCCGGGGAGGAGGAGGAAGAGGAGGAGGAGGAGGAGAAGGAGGAGGGGUUGAUGGAGAGAGGUCCUGCGGCCGUAGCUGCUGCUCCUGGCUCUGUGCCGUGGGUUCGGCCGCUCCAUCCCCGUGUUUGGAAGGGCAGCGGAGGGUCCGGGAGCGGGAGGCCGCACAGGAUUUCACAGAUAAGUUGUGCAUCGAGCCCACGGCUUCUGUGAGGUCUCCACCUGCCCCUAUGGACAGGCUCCAUCCAUGGCAGGGCUCCAGGCAUGUCUGAGCCACAGGCUUCAGCUCUGAAAGGCAUUGCAAGUGACUUUUCCUUGUACUUCUGCCCCUUUUUGGAUCUAAUUCUGCUGUUUGCUCCUCUGUGAAGAAAUUUUCUCUCGUGAAGCCGCUGCCAGUGUAAAUUGAAAGGGCCUCUCAGCUUCUCAGGAGGAAAAAUCCUAAGGAAGGACUUUUAAUGAGAAGAUGUCUGCGACAGAGACCUUGGAAAAGGCUCCCAAACUGAGAUGCUAGAGAUGGGGACCUGCCGCCCAGCGCCAUGAGGAGCAACCGCUGCAGCCACCUGCCUGGAGUGCCUCCAGACCAUCCCCAGCCUGCAGCCCCCGAUGGGAAGAGCCUGCCUGGCAGCAGCGGGGGCCCGGCCACCAGCUGCCCCCAGUAUGUCAUGCAGGUGUCCUCCAAGGAUGGGCAGCUGCUCUCCUCCGUGGUGCGGAGCCUGGCCGUGCAGAGCAGCCCCUUCAAUGAGCGGCCCAUGUGCAGGAUCUGCCACGAGGGCAGCAGCCAUGAGGAGCUGCUGUCCCCCUGUGAGUGCACGGGGACCCUGGGCACCAUUCACCGCAGCUGCCUGGAGCGCUGGCUGUCCUCCUCCAACACCAGCUACUGUGAGCUCUGCCACUUCAGCUUUGCAGUGGAGCGCAAGCCCAGGCCGCUGCUGGAGUGGCUGAGGAACCCGGGCCCCCAGCACGAGAAGAGGACUCUCUUUGGGGACAUGGUGUGCUUCUUGUUCAUCACCCCGCUGGCCACCGUCUCCGGCUGGCUGUGCCUGCGAGGAGCCGUGGACCACCUGCACUUUAGCAGUAGGCUGGAAGCUGUUGGCCUCAUUGCACUCACUGUGGCACUCUUCACUAUUUACCUCUUUUGGACCCUGGUGUCCUUCAGGUACCACUGCCGGCUGUACCACGAGUGGCGUCGGAACAAUCAGCGGGUGAUGCUCCUCAUCCCAAAAUCUGCCCACGGCCCCUCCACCCAGCAGUCGCUGCUGGGCCUGCAGCCCCUCAAAAGGAGCUCCAAGGAGACAAUUGUGUGAUUUGGGCUGCAGCUGCACACUAAAGGAGGUUUGCUUUUCCUCAGACCCGUCGGGGUCGGGCACCCAGCACCCAGGAAUGUGCAAUUUGGAUUUACAGACUGAGUGCAGAGGGAUAAGCCACAGUCAGAAUUCAAGUCGUGGAUGCUGCAGUCAUCUAUGGCAUUUGCUGAGCUGCCAAACAUGUUUAGUGAGCAGGGACCCUAUGGAUUCUGCAAAUAUGUUAAUUGUUGCAUCAUCGAGUGAUGCAAACAUUUUUAUUGCUUAAAGUAUUAAACUAUGGUGAUUAACAAUGCAAAACAGGUUUAAAAAGUGCUUUGUUUUUAUGAUUUCUUGCUCCUACAGUACUGUUUCUUUAGGCAGCUGGACAGUAACCAAUAUUUAUUUCUGCUUCCUAAAGUGCAGCAAUGGCAUUUCCUCAUUUGAUUUUAUCUGCAGGUCCAUUAUACCAAUGUUUUGAUUAUUAAAAUCUGUGUGCAAUGAGCUCUACAAAUUGGCACAUUAUUUAAAUGCUACAAAGUGAUUGGGAAAUUGUAUUACCCGUUUCCUAUUUGGCAGGGAAGGCCUGACAGGAAGAUUCUUCAGUUAUGACUCUAGCAUGCGCAAGAGAAAAAUUACACAAAUUGCAAUAAUCUUCCUGUCAAAAGUAUUAUAGUACAUAGCACUCAGGAAAAAAAAAAAGAUAUUCUACUUUUCCACGAAGUAGCACCACAUUCUUCAGUGAAGUGCACAUUCUGCUGGUGUGAAUUCAAACUUAGCCAACAUAUCCUGCAUUUAUACCAGGCUGAAUUUAACUCUACAGCUUACUUUUGUGUAGGGAAAGCUCUGCAUGCAUAAUGAAUGAGAUCAUCAGAUAAGUUUUAGGAAGCAGGGACUCAUCUUGCAUGAAGAACAGCAUUAUUUUAAAGCAGCAGAAACUCUAGCUUGACAGGUAGGAUUUGGCAGUGUGUGCAAACCCUGACCUCUCAUGGUAGCACUGAGACAAAAAAAAAAAUUAAAAAUAUUUAAUAACACAGUCUUCUCUGGAGACCAAAUGGAAUUUGGAGUGCAAAAUCAGACCUUAUUCCUGGGUGACUUUAUCUGCUUCCCCUUGGUUUUUUAUGCCUAAUUCAUUCAGCAAUCCUUCACUCCCAGAAGAGACACACUUAUUUUAAAUAACUAGCAAAACCUCAUUGCCCAAUGCUGCUAGAAUUAGAAAUUGAUACAGGGCCCCUCUGAACAGAUGAAUUUCUUAGAAUUGUGCAUGGAUGGCAGUACCACCAUGUGCUUUGUUUUCCAAAAACUGCAGGAACUGAAAAUCAAAAGGAAGACAUAGCAGGAAGGCUAAUAAUUUGUUAUUCAUAAAGUUCAAGGUAUUAUGGGUAUUUACCAUCAGACAAGAAGUUAUCUGAUGUUUUGUGUGUGCUCUGUGGGGGUGAAAAAGCUUAGUAACACAAAGCCAAAUCUGUUAAAUUUCUUUAUUCUGUCUGUGGACCAGUCUAGCUGUGAGCAUGUUAUUUAACAAUGUUCUUUGUGACUGUCAGUCAUGGGGAUAGGAGAAUCAUGGGGAUAUAAAGCAAUAACAGCCUCACUCCAAUAGAAAGGCACUUAAACAACGAGCCAAGGUGUGUAGGAAAGCCAUGAACCUGCAGAUAUGUACUCAUCAGUCUGACAAGGCUGGGGUUGCUCAUGUUUGGCUGUGAAUAAAUGCUUCUCUUCCUGAGAAAAUUAAACAAGGGUCUGAAGAUAAGAUCACAGUCUCUGUGAAAGCCUAAAACCUGUAAUGCUUUAUUUUUUUUUUAUACCUCUUCCUAAUGGUAAAUAAUUAUUUGGAAUGAAGACUGAACACUCACUUAUGCAGAAUUCCAGAUUUUAAAUAAAUAUCUGCUGGCCAGGGGUAAAGAAAUAAAGCAAAUCUAGCUGGGUCAGGAUGCUGUCAGUGUUUUAAUGCCUACAACACAGACUUUAGGUAAGCUUUGUUCAGAAUGUUAUUACCGCUCUCAAAUUCUUUGAAAGAAUUGUUAUUCGUAAUGAGUGCUAUUGUUGGCUUUGCCUCAUGAAACCAAAAAUCAGGGUGGAUAGGGAAUUAAGUGGCAAAACAUUCAGGGAAGCAUUCAUUCAAGUGAAGCUGCAAGGUCUGUGCACAGAGAUCAGCACAGUGGCUUGGCCCAGAUCAUCUGUGUUAUUUCAAAUUUUUUUUUUAAUUAGUGUUUUGGUUUUUUGUUUGGGUUUGGGUUUUUGGGUUUUUUUUUUUUUUUGGUGUAAAGACAUCUUUACUUACCUGAAGAAGCAGACAGAGAGGAAAAUGCAUGGUCCAGUUCAGCACACCCAUCACUAACCCAGUUUCUGUGCUUGAUGCAGCAGCACAGCAGAACUGUCUGGUGAAGUCACAGUAGUGUCCCAUGGAUUUUCUUGAGGAAAAAAAAGUGGCAGGAAAAAUCCAGUCAGACACUUAACAUUGCAUUAAACUCAUGAAAAAAAAAAAGCAUCCUUGUAUUCUUCCUUUUUUUCCCUAAAACAGAAGAACUGGGAGGUGAGAGAUAUUACCUCUUAAUCCCACUCCUGCUCUAAAGAUUUACAGACAGAAGAAUCUCCCAGAUGGGAGCUGAUUUUUCUUCCAUGAUUUGAUGCUGUAGAUGCCACACCAAACCCAAAUUUCCAUUAAAAAACUGGAUUAUUACAGCAGAUUAUUAAAAAAAUGAUUACAGAAUAUUUUCUACAACAGCAGCAACACCCAUUUCUGUCUGAAUAGAAAUGAAAGACAAAAUUAACCACAGCAGAAGCUGCAGCCAGCAAAGCUCCUGGUAGUACAAUGACACCUUUGUUAUGCUCUCCUUAAAAAACAAAAUUAAAGAACUUAUUUAAAGACAGGGUGAGUGACCACCUUUUUGUAUUUUAAAAAUGUCACUCAACUUCUCUCUCAGCAACUUUAUGCUUUCUUCUCAUGAAGCUGACCUUGUCAUUUACAUUCCUUUUCCAGAUAAGAAGUUAGAUGGAAGGAACAGUAUUCAAUAUUUGAGCCAAUAUUUUCGGUUGCAAAUGAUAAAAGCAGCCUGUUCUGAUUCAGUGUGAUGAAUAUAAUGCACAAUGAGGAAGUUUUACUUUUUUAUAGUCUUUCCCCUGCAGGACUUGCCUAU